UCGUUAGUGAAUUGGAAGUACAGUGCAUUGUUUGUCCCAUAAGAUGUUCGUCUUUGUUUUUGUGUUACGCAAUGGAUUUAUACAAAAUAACCAAUGAAGGUUUGAGGAACUUGAAUGCUUCAAUGUGGGAGAACAUGGACUGGAAUGAGCAUCACUUCAAGUUUUAAAAUGGAAAAUUUUGAUGCAUCACUCAGUACCUAUUUCAAGGCAUUGUUGGGCCCCCGAGAUUCCAGGGUAAAAGGAUGGUUUCUUCUGGAUAAUUACAUACCUACAUUUGUUUGCUCUGUCAUUUAUUUACUAAUCGUAUGGCUGGGACCAAAAUACAUGAAGAAUAAACAGCCAUUCUCUUGCCGGGGAAUUUUGGUAGUGUACAACCUUGGACUCACAUUGCUGUCUCUCUACAUGUUCUGUGAGUUGGUGACAGGUGUGUGGGAAGGCAGAUACAAUUUCUUCUGUCAGGGCACACGCAGUGCAGGAGAAUCGGACAUGAAGAUUAUCCGUGUUCUCUGGUGGUACUACUUCUCCAAACUCAUAGAAUUCAUGGACACCUUCUUCUUCAUCCUGCGCAAGAACAACCACCAGAUCACAGUCCUGCACGUCUACCACCAUGCUACCAUGUUCAAUAUCUGGUGGUUUGUGAUGAAUUGGGUCCCCUGCGGCCAUUCUUAUUUUGGUGCCACGCUUAACAGCUUCAUCCAUGUCCUCAUGUACUCGUACUAUGGUCUGUCAUCUGUCCCUUCCAUGCGUCCUUACCUCUGGUGGAAGAAGUAUAUCACUCAGGGGCAGCUGGUUCAGUUUGUGCUGACGAUCAUCCAAACCAGCUGUGGAGUCAUCUGGCCAUGUACUUUCCCUCUUGGUUGGUUAUACUUCCAGAUCGGAUACAUGAUUUCCCUGAUUGCUCUCUUCACAAACUUCUAUAUUCAGACUUACAACAAGAAGGGGUCCUCCCGGAGGAAAGAACACCUGAAGGACCACCAGAACGGAUCUGUGACUGCUGUCAAUGGACACACCAACAGCUUAUCUUCGCUGGAAACCAGUGUAAAGCCAAGAAAGCAGCGGAAGGAUUGAAGGGGCUGAGCUGAAAACUCGAGGCCACAUUGUGUGAUUAAGCACAGUUUGAAUUGUGCCCUGAUGCUCGUUAACAGCUGCUGUAACUAGUCUGGCAUAUGAUAGUUUGAUUCAUGUAGGACCUUUAUCAUCAAUUCAAAACCCCUAGAAUAUGUGUACAGAUUAUACAGGUAGGCAUAAGCUUCCUCACAUUUCUGGGCUCUCAUCGAUCCCUGCGCUAGACUGUGGAAAGGGAGUGUUAUUGUAGUAUAUGACACUGCUGUUGCCUUAUUAGUUAUAACAUGAUAGGUGCUGAAUUGUGGUUCACAAUUUAAAAACACUGUAAUCCAAACUUUUUUUUAACUGUAGAUCAUGCAUGUGAUUGUAAUUACAAAUUUGUACAAUGUUGUUAAAGUAGGAAAACACACAUGCCUUAAAACUUAAAAAGCAGGGCCCAAAGCUUAUUAGUUUAAAUUAUAGUAUGUUUCAAGUUUGUAUUCAUUUGUAAUAGCUCUAUUUAGAAAAAUCAAAGGUCGUGAUUUAUAAAAGUAGUGUAUUGACAUAUAAGUUCAAGUGGCUUGUAGCUGUGAAAACAAAUGGAACCUUCAUUUUGUAAUACUGGAUCCUAGCAAGAGGCUCCAGUCCAAGUGGAACAGUCAGUUUUAACUUUUUAACAGAUCUUAUUUUUUUAUUUUGAGUCCCACUAUUAAUGUGUGUUUUAAAAAAAAAGGAUGGGUUGGUGUGUGCAAAGCAGUCUUGAUUAAACUUAAGUAUACAUUCUUUGUCCUCCCAGUUCUAGGAAGAGUCUAGGGUGAGUAGGCCAGUUUUAAUUUCCGAAGUGCUAAGUGUUUUUUACAAGGAAAAAAAAGUCCAUUUUGCUUUUAUACAGGAGACUAAAAGUCCAUUUUGCUUUUAUACAGGCGACAAAAGGUGCACUUUGAGAGAGGAUCAAUCCUAUUCAGGGAAAAUGAUUGAAAAUUUACCAUUUGACAGUCCCUUAGAUGAGCAGUGGGGAACUGCUUGCCAGGAACCAAACUUAGAUAUUGUUUUAUGUAGUGCUAUGUGUUUCAACACAAACUUCCUUUUUAAAUGUGCCUACUUUACCAAAAUUAACGAAGAAGGAAAAAAAAACUUUAAAAAUUGAGUUAAAAUUCAAGAGGUAAUGACAUCCUAAGAGAAAAGUAGGUGUCUGGGUAGUGAUGACUUGUUUAAUGUAAAUCUUACAGCAUCUGGCAUUCUUUUCUGCUUAGAAUCUGAAGAUUUCUUUAGAAUCACUUUAAGAGGAUAGAUUGCUAUCAUAAAAUUACUUUUUCACUUGAGGCAGUGAUCAUACAGAUAAGGAUUAUUAUAUGUAUCAUUUUAAAGUGUUGAAGUUUAGCCUCUAUUAAAUACCUUCUCCAUUGAGGAAAAAAAGUUGACGUACCCACCACAUACCUUAGAAGAUCAUUGACAAUGUAUAAACUGAUUGAUAUUUAUGUAAAUAUCAGUUUACCGUGCUUUAAUUUUGCACAUUCCUGUUACAGGGAACCAGUUGGUUCUCUUACUAAAGUCUUGUGAGUUUUCUGUUUGGAAGGAGUCACAGCAUCUGUUUACAUUUACCUUAUCAAAUCUAGAACAUGUAUAUUUGUAAUUGUAUGUCCUCAUUCCUAGGAACUAAUUUGCAGAUGUCUACAUAUCUGAAUACAGAAACUAUAACAUUUGGUAGUGUGCUACAAAGUAUGUGCUUAGCUCAUCUGGAUAUACCCACACUGUUAUAUGAUACCUGAACAUUAAUCAUUAAACCAUUUUUGAUUAUUA